AUGUCAAUCAUAUCGGUGCUGAUCGUCGUCAGUGUUUUUAUAGCAAGUGAAGGCAACUAUGUUGGGGAUUUAUUCAAAUGCAAUGAAUUGCUGCUUAAAUGUCAGGAAACUGAAACCAUAAUGGGAAAGUUCAAUAGAAUGACAAAUGAGCUAAAUCGAAACUGCAGCCAGGAAAUUGGAUCCAAGUGGAGCAAUGUUACCCGUUGUGAAUUGGAAGCUACAAAGUGUUUGUUGAACCAGAUGAAUGCAAUGGACGCGAAUUGUGAUAAUAUUGCCGAUGUAAUGCAUCUUUAA